ACAGGGUUCCUUGUCGCUGGUGAAAGUGCAGCUUCUGCUGACCGGUCAAGGAGCCUGCGCUGGCCGGACGCUGAUCACAGAUCGUUCUGCUGCUCUACCAUCACCACCUUCUCCUGAGAUAGAGUUGCACUUUCAUGACUUAUCCAUGAGGUAACGCUGACUGUGGUUGGCGAUGCCGUAGCAGGGCUGUGAUGGGGCAGCGGGUCUCUGGCGUGGUGAAGUCUGCUCAGGAGUGUGAGAGGCCAGAGCUGGCAUUGCGGGUGGCCCUCGAGCCUAUUGGCAGGCACGGCAGGCAAGGGCUGGGCAUUCCUUUCUCACCACGGCUGGAGAUGCUGCUCGACAUGCCUUCGGCAGACGUUGCCACCCAGCUCGCACAUGCUUGGAACCCUGAGGACCGCUCCCUCAACCUGUUCAUCAAGGACGAGGAUCGGCUGACGUUUCAUCGCCACCCUGUGGCGCAGAGCACGGACUGUGUACGGGGUAAGGUGGGCUUCACGCGGGGCCUUCACGCUUGGACAGUCCGGUGGCCGGUGCGCCAACGUGGCACGCAUGCCGUUGUUGGGGUUGCGACCGCUCAGGCACCGCUGCACGCUGUAGGGUACACGGCGCUAGUCGGCAGCGACGCGGAGUCCUGGGGCUGGGAUUUUGGACGGUGCAAACUCUACCAUGACAGAAAGAGCCAAACGGGGUCGGCGACCACGUACCCAUGCAACCAGAAUGAGGAGGAGGAUUACAAUUUCUCAGUGCCGGAGGAGGUGGUAGUAGUCUUGGACAUGGAUGAGGGCACACUGGGCUUCUGUGCAGACGGCCACUUCUUGGGGGUGGCUUUUUGUGGCCUUAAAGGGAAGAGGUUAUAUCCAGUUGUCAGUUCUGUGUGGGGGCACUGUGAGGUCACUAUGACUUACAUCAACGGACUAGAGCCUGAGCCUUUGCCACUCAUGGAGCUGUGCAGGAGAGCAGCUCGCCAGGCCUUGGGACGCAAUCGCUUUCACCAAAUCCACACGCUUCCUCUACCUCAGGCCCUCAAAAACUAUCUGCAGUACCAGUGAGGGACUCUCAUUCAUCCCCGAAUUACCUACAGCACCAGUCAGGGGAUCAAAUGUGUUAAACAUGGCAUUAAAAUACAAACAAACAAACACAGCACCAGUCAGGGGAUCAAAUGUGUUAAACAUGGCAUUAAAAUACAAACAAACAAACACAGCACCAGUCAGGGGAUCAAAUGUGUUAAACAUGGCAUUAAAAUACAAACAAACAAACACAGCACCAGUCAGGGGAUCAAAUGUGUUAAACAUGGCAUUAAAAUACAAACAAACAAACACAGCACCAGUCAGGGGAUCAAAUGUGUUAAACAUGGCAUUAAAAUACAAAUAAACAAACACAGCACCAGUCAGGGGAUCACAAUCAGCCCUUAACUAUCCAUAGAACCAGUCUGGGGAUCAUAUCCAGCCCUUAACUAUUCAUAAAACCAGUCAGGGGAUCACAUUCAGCCCUUAACUACCUACAGCACCAGUUUAGGGUAUCACAAUCAGCCCUUAACUAUCCAUAGAACCAGUCUGGGGAUCAUAUCCAGCCCUUAACUAUUCAUAAAACCAGUCAGGGGAUCACAUUCAGCCCUUAACUACCUACAGCACCAGUUUAGGGUAUCACAAUCAGCCCUUAACUAUCCAUAGAACCAGUCUGGGGGUCAUAUCCAGCCCUUAACUAUUCAUAAAACCAGUCAGGGGAUCACAUUCAGCCCUAAACUAUCUAUAGAACCAGUCAGGGGAUCAUAUCCAGACCCAAACUACCUACAGCACCAGUCUAAUACCUAUUGUAGCCAUUAAAUGACACACGUGUUAAACAUGGCAUUAAAAUACAAACAAACAAAAACACAGCACCAGUCAGGGGAUCACAUCCAGACCCAAACUACCUACAGCACCAGUCAGGGUAUCACAUUCAGCCCUUAACUAUCCAUAGAACCAGUCAGGGGAUCUCAUUCAGCCAUAAACUAUCAAUAGAAGCAGUCAGGGGAUCACAUUCAGCCCCAAACUACCUACAGCACCAGCCAGGGGAUCACAUUCAGCCCCAAACUAUCUGCAGCACCAGCCAGGGGAUCACAUUCAGCCCCAAACUAUCUACAGCACCAGCCAGGGGAUCACAUUCAGCCCCAAACUAUCUACAGCACCAGCCAGGGGAUCACAUUCAGCCCCAAACUAUCUACAGCACCAGCCAGGGGAUCACAUUCAGCCCCAAACUAUCUACAGCACCAGCCAGGGGAUCACAUUCAGCCCCAAACUAUCUACAGCACCAGCCAGGGGAUCACAUUCAGCCCCAAACUAUCUACAGCACCAGCCAGGGGAUCACAUUCAGCCCCAAACUAUCUACAGCACCAGCCAGGGGAUCACAUUCAGCCCCAAACUAUCUACAGCACCAGCCAGGGGAUCACAUUCAGCCCCAAACUAUCUACAGUACCAGCCAGGGGAUCACAUUCAGCCCCAAACUAUCUACAGCACCAGCCAGGGGAUCACAUUCAGCCCCAAACUAUCUACAGCACCAGCCAGGGGAUCACAUUUAGCCCCAGACUACCAACAGCACCAGCGACACUUCAGUGCUUCAACGCCCAGCACAGUGCUUUACAGUGUGGGUUACAUUUCUCCCCAAAAAGCAACAGCAGAUCGUAGUGUGUAACUGGACUUAGUUUUGCAGUGUGUUUUUAUGUGUGUGAGAUUGAAGAAGGGUCUUCCAUUAAUAUUAUUUGAUGACUGUUUUUAAUGCCACACUAUAUCUAUUUAAUUGAGACUCCUCAGUAACCAGCACCUACUGUGUUUUUUAUCAUUUUUUUAAAACUUGUAUGACUACAGUUUGUGCCUCUGACUGAUAAUGUUCAUGAUGUUAUCGGUCGCAUCGCAGGUUAUUGUAUACAAGAUUAUUUUAGAGAGUUUUACCUUUAAGUACAGAGAAAAGAGACAGCCUUGUUCUGUCACAAACUUUUAAAUGUGAAUACAAUGCAAACGCAACAGUGGA